CUUGCUUUUGGCUUUGCUGAAAAGAAGCCUGAGCCUCCCUCUUUCAAUUCCUUCUGAAUUCAGCAGCAGAACAGUAAUACAAUACUGCAAUUUUUUUUUAAAAAAAAAUGGGAGGCAGAGGGAGGUCUAGAAGAACUCAGAGAAAACAUUUUCGUGAUGGUAGAGAAAAUGUUUGGAAAAACAACGACAGUAAUAAACAAGAAAAUCAAGAAAACAACAACAAUGGAAACAACAACGGACCUGUUCACUGGCAGCCUUUUGCCAUUGAAAAUGCUGCUUUUGAUGCUUACUAUAAGGAACAAGGAAUCGUGCAUCCGGACGAGUGGGAUACGUUUAUCGAAUAUUUGCGGAAGCCACUUCCUUCUGCUUUCAGGAUCAAUUCUAGUAGCCAAUUCUGUGCCGAUCUCAAGUCACAACUCGAGAAUGAGUUUACGAAAGAUCUUCAGGGUACAGAUGAGAAUGAAGCAGAGGGCAUAAAGUCAUUGCCUUGGUACCCUGAUAAUUUUGCUUGGCAGUCAAGUUUUUCACGGAUGCAGCUUAGAAAGAACAAGAAUCUUGAGAGGUUUCAUGAGUUCUUAAAGCAAGAAAAUGAAAUUGGAAACAUCACUAGGCAGGAGGCUGUUAGCAUGGUACCUCCAUUAUUUCUGGAUGUACAUCAAGAUCAUUUUGUUCUUGACAUGUGUGCAGCACCAGGCUCAAAAACUUUUCAAUUACUUGAAAUGAUACACCAGAAGUCAGAAGUUGGAACUUUACCUACUGGAAUGAUUAUUGCAAAUGAUGUUGAUGUUCAACGGUGUAAUCUUCUUAUUCAUCAAACAAAGAGAAUGUGCACGUCCAACUUGGCUGUCACUAAUCAUGAAGCCCAACAUUUCCCUAGCUGUCAUAUGAAAAAGAAUAACUUGAAUGCUUCUGAGUUGGGUUUGACUGAACUUUUAUUUGAUCGUGUCUUGUGUGAUGUCCCAUGCAGUGGCGAUGGUACUCUGCGCAAGGCUCCUGAUAUUUGGAGAAAAUGGAGCGUUGGUAUGGCUAAUGGUGUCCAUUGUCUACAACUUCAGAUUGCGAUGAGAGGUUUGGCGCUGCUUAAAACUGGUGGAAAAAUGGUUUACUCGACUUGCUCUAUGAAUCCCGUGGAAAACGAGGCUGUAGUUUCUGAGAUACUGAGGAGGUGUGGAGACUCUGUUGAGCUUGUUGAUGUAUCAACGGAGCUUCCUCAACUUGUUCGUAGGCCGGGUCUGAAAAGUUGGAAGGUUCGAGACAAAGGCGUGUGGUUAGCUUCACAUAAAGAUGCUUGCAAACAUGGAAGAUCUGGGAUUGUUCCCAGCAUGUUUCCUUCUGGCCAAGUUUAUGUAGACACAUCCGACAUUGCACAAAAAGAUUGUGAAGAUGGUUGUCAUGUAGAUGAUGAGAGGGAACCAAGUGAUGUUUUGGUGACUGAAGUUUCAUCUCUUCCAUUAGAACGUUGCAUGCGUAUAGUGCCCCAUGAUCAGAACACUGGAGCCUUUUUUAUUGCUGUUCUGCACAAAAUAUCUCCGUUGCCAGCAAUACAGACAAAGUCAACCAAACAUUCCCAUGAGAAUCAUUCUGGUAUUGAUGAAAACACAAAACUAGCAGUGAAUGAUGUUGAAAAUGAUGAUAAUGGAAUGGAUGCUGAUGUAUUAGAUAUGAGAAAUGAAGAAUCUGUAGAAGCAACAGUUGAUGCUGAUGUAAUCAAUAAUGUAUCUGAUGAAAGUGGUUUAGAAAGUAAUCCAAGUAAAAGACAUAAAGUAUCCGAACCCGAGCAAGUCCAACCUCCAAAUAAAGUACAAUCUCGUGCAGAGAAGGCUAAUGACAAGAGAAAGUUGCAGGUUCAAGGCAAGUGGUAUGGAGUCGACCCUAUUGUGUUUUUCAAGGAUGAUGCUAUUCUAACCAAUAUCAAGGAGUUUUAUGGUAUUUGUGAAUCAUUUCCGUUUAGUCAUCACCUUAUAACACGAAAUAAGGAUACCAAUCAUGUGAAGAGGAUCUACUAUGUAUCACAAUCAGUAAAAAAUGUUGUAGAACUCAACUUCCUAGCCGGAGAGCAACUCAAGAUUACUUCUAUUGGUUUAAAGAUGUUUGAAAGGCAAACUUCGAAAGAAGGAACUUCCUCGCCUUGUGUAUUUAGAAUAUCUUCGGAAGGUUUGCCGUUGCUUCUUCCAUAUAUGACCAAACAGAUAGCUUGUGCAAGUCCGGUGGAUUUCAAGCAUUUACUGCAAUACAAAUCCAUCAAGUUUCCAGAUUUUGUUGAUAAUGGAUUUCGUGAUAAGCUUUCUGCACUUUCUUUGGGAUGCUGUGUGGUAGUACUUAACAAAGGUGAUGAGGGCUCAUCAGAUCCGCCUAAAAUCGAUAAAUCAACAAUUGCUAUUGGUUGCUGGAAAGGACGUGCUAGUUUAUCAGUUAUGGUGACAGCAAUAGACUGUCAGGAAAUGUUGGAAAGGUUGUUGAUCCGGUUAGGAACGGAUAAGGGAUCUUUGCCAGAGAAUAGUAAGAUUGCUGAUGGUGACGAGUUGAUAAAAGUUGUUGAUACUGAAGUGAAACAAGAUUCGGAAACCAUAACUGUGGGAGCUGCUGUUUGAAUGAGAACUGACAAAGUUUUGGGCUCGUUAUGUUGGUAAUGUAUUUGCAGCUACGAAAUUUUAUAACUUAUUAUUUGGAGUGAGCUAGGAAAAAAGCAUACAUGGAAAGUAGGAAAUGUAGCACAACUGCACAAGUACUUUGUUUGCAAUAUAUGUAGAAUUGUUAUAUUUAGCGAA